UAACUUGUGUGUGCACUUGCACUGUACGUACAGAUGUGUCCAUGUGUGUGUCGUGUCUUCUCUUAUACAGCCCAUUCCCGGAGAUGACAUGCUCCUUCAUCCCAACCCAUCAUCACAGUAACACACUGUUGAUUUUGCAGUUUGUUCAGAGCUGUGCAGACACGCUCGGACCCCUGCAUUUAGUCAUCAGCCCUCUGUCACUGUCACCAUGAUGCUUAGCCCGUCGUUGUUCCUGCUGCUACUUGGCCUCAUAGGAGCUCAAGCUGCUGUGGACUCCCGCAGGGCUGCUGCAAUGGCUGGAGGUUUGUGCCAAGCCCGUCCCACAGAUCUCGUCUUCAUAAUUGAUAGCAGUCGCAGCGUUCGUCCUUCGGAGUUUGAGCAAGUAAAGGUCUUCCUGGCCAAAGUCAUUGAGGGGCUGGAUGUUGGACCCAACACUACACGGGUGGGAGUUAUCAACUAUGCCAGCCGUGUCAAGAACGAGGUGUCUCUGAAGACUCACCGCACCAAAGCUGGACUGAUUAAAGCUGUGAGCAAGAUCGAGCCUCUGUCCACUGGAACAAUGACUGGUCUGGCCAUCCAGUUUGCUCUGAAUGUGGCGUUCAGUGAAGGCGAGGGCGCUCGUGUGAAAUCUCCUGAUAUCAGCAAGAUUGCCAUUAUUGUGACUGAUGGGCGUCCCCAGGACAAUGUAAAGGAUGUAGCUCAGCGUGCAUGGGAUGCCGGUAUUGAGAUUUUUGCCAUCGGUGUGGGACGUGUGGACAUGAAAACUCUGAGGCAGAUGGCCAGUGAUCCUCUGGAUGACCACGUGGACUAUGUGAAAAGCUACAGUGUCAUUGAGAAGCUCACCAAGAAGUUCCAGGAGGCCAUCUGUGUGUCGGACCUGUGUGCCAGUGGAGAUCAUGACUGUCAGCAGGUAUGCAUCAGCACCCCCGGAUCAUACAAGUGUGCCUGCAAAGAUGGCUUUACCCUCAUGAAUGAUGGUCGCAGCUGCAGCGCUUGCAGCAACACGGCGACAGAUGUGGUGUUCCUGAUCGAUGGCUCCAAGAGCAUUCGUCCUGAGAACUUUGAGCUUGUCAAGAAAUUCAUCAUCCAGAUCAUCGAUAGCCUGGAUGUUUCUCCGAACAAUGCCCAUGUUGGACUGGUGCAGUACUCCAGCUCAGUCAGACAGGAGUUUCCUCUAGGCCUCUACAACAACAAGAAAGACCUAAAGGAUGCCGUGAAGAAGAUGGACUACAUGGAGAAGGGAACCAUGACUGGUCAGGCCCUCCACUAUCUAUCAGACAACAGCUUCAGCCCCAGUCAAGGUGCCCGACCUGGAGUCACCAAGGUGGGCAUCGUAUUCACUGAUGGACGCAGUCAGGACUACAUCGGAGAAGCCGCCAAGAAAGCCAAGGAAAACGGCUAUAGGAUGUAUGCUGUUGGAGUGGGCAGCGCAGUGGAGAACGAGCUGAAAGAGAUUGCCUCUGAGCCCACUGGCGAGCACUACUUCUACACGGCCGACUUCAAGGCUAUGAGCCAGAUUGCUAAGAAGCUGCAGAUUAACAUCUGUAAAGACGAGGACCCCUGCGAAUGUGACUCCCUUGUAAAGUUCCAAAAGAAAGUAGAAGAGGCUGUACAGGCACUAACGAAAAAAAUAGAGAGUAUGUCAAAGAGGAUUGCCUUGCUGGAGAACAAAAUUGUCUGAGGACUUGCAUCCCACUUCCCCCUUUACAUCUGCACACACACAAACAACGGUUACUUCCUGUAAAAUACUGAAAAGAAACAUGAGUGUGUGUGAAUCUUGACCUCUGCUUGUAUCCUGAGUUCUCCCAAACCACCUCUGCCUCCUCCUUUCUCAGUCUUACCUCUUCC